CCUUGCAAUCCUCAGCACAAACGAUGUACGUAACCUUGCAACAGAAAUANUAUCGUUGUUCAGCAAUCGUAAAACUAGUGUUCAGCAAGCCUCCAAGGUAUAGUUUGUACAGUACAGAGCUCUGAUAUGAAAAACAUUACCCUGGUGCAGUGGAAUUGUCGUUCACUGGUGCGUAACAUGGAUGCAGCUAGGGUUCUGCUUCAAGACACUGAAGCCGAGGUAGCUGCUUUCUGUGAAACGUUCCUGGACAGUAAGUCAAUAGUUACUUUUCCUAGUCAUGAAAUCGUGUCAAGAGAUCGCAACCGCAGNGGUGGCGGCGUCGCCCUCGCUGUUGCCAAGCACAUUAAGUACCAGGUGCUCGAUGUACCUGACCUCUUGAGACUUUGUCUCCAAAACUCGGUAGAGCUUGUAGCUCUCCAACUCCUCCUUCCUAACAGUAAGUACCUGUACGUCUUCUCGGUGUAUAGCCCCCCUCGGGUCUCGUCGAGUUACACGAAGUCACAGUUCUGGCACUCCUUUUUUCAGACGUGCUCUCAGUUUCAACCGUCAAUCAUCUGUGGAGAUUUCAACGGAAAGAGCCCGUUGUGGUGCCACUCUCCACCCUAUUCUAAUUCGGAGGGGAAAGGCAUUGAAAAGGCAGUUCUCAGCUCUCAGUACAUGGUUCUUAAUGACGGCAGCCAUACCUGGAGUUCCGNCGAUCUGUCCAGUAGCUCUUCUCUGGACUUAACCAUAGUCUCGCAGAGCCUGGCCACUCAGUGUUCGUGGAGGGUGUGUGAGAGCAACUACGGGAGUGAUCACUUCCCGGUGGUCACAGUCGCGGAGCUCCUCCCCCGCCCCUCCUAGGCGGGUAACUUGGACGUUAGCGCAGCAUACGCUGGUUUGGUUAGCGUGAUCGAUGAUGCAUUGCUCCGGGCCGGGGCUGUCAGAAUAGAUAAACUGGGCGCCUCCAGGAAACCUCCUUCCCCUUGGUGGGACGCCACGUGUUCGGCAGAGUUCUCUAG